UUUAGGCCUACAAUAAUACAACGACUAACAGAUGCCGAUAAACAUCAACUACAGGCGAAAGAACGAGAUUAGAAACGGGAUGACAGCAAAACCAUGAUAUCUCCUAAAUCGCCACCGCCUUUGAAAAUCAUACUAGAUUCCAAGAGUGACCCGUAUUCAAAGUCAUCGCAAUGGAACGACUCAGAGAGAAGAUUAUGGACGGUUCUGUUGUUUGUGAUGACUUCAGUUCUAUUCUCAGCUCGGACCAUCGUACCUCUGGUAGCUGUGAAUCUAUCCAAGGAGUUCGGCUGGGAUAAAACAGAUACUGGACUUGUACUUGGCUCCUUCUUCUGGGGCUAUCCCAUUGCUCAGAUUCCAGGGGGUAUGAUGAGCGAUAGGAUCGGAGGGGAUUAUGUGAUCAUUCGAGCAGCGUUUAUCUGGGGUGUAGUUACCUUAGUCACUCCGUUGGUUCCCUACCUCUUCACGACCAAGGCAGGCACCAUCAUGUCAAUGACUGUUCUCAGAUUCCUUAUGGGACUAACACAAGGUGUUCAUUACCCAUCCUUGACGAGUCUACUGAGUCAGAAGGUGACUGCUGAUAAGAGAGCUUAUGUCAUGUCAUGUGUCUUUGCAGCUAGCUCCUUAGGGACACUCCUUACUGGUGCAAUAGGGUCUAUCAUCAUGGAUCAUUCCAAUUGGCAUUAUGUCUUCUACUUCUUUGGCACCAUCUCUAUCGUCAUAGCAACUAUCAUCCAGUCUUUCUCCAGGAAACAGAGGAGGAAAACAUUCUUCUCAUUCCAAAAUGGUAGAGCAGGAACGAGGAAGGAUGAUGAAGAAAAGAAAAGCCUGCCGGUCUUGAAGCUCCUAACUAAAAAACCUUUUUGGGCUAUGGCCAUUAGUCACUUGUGCGUCAUAUUUUCAUACUUUAUUAUAAUAAAUUGGAUGCCAACAUUCUUUAAAGAGGUUUAUCCAGAGUCUAAGGGCUGGGUGUAUAAUGUUCUUCCAUGGUUAGCAGCCAUACCUGCCUCUAUAGCAGGUGGAUGUCUCGGUGACUCGCUCAUCGCUCAUAAAGUGCCUGUAGGAAUCUCAAGAAAAAUCAUGCAUACGUUAAGUAUGUUUGGAAUGGCAUUUUCAUUGCUAAGCGUGGGACUAACAGAUAGUUAUCACUCAUCUCUGGUUCUAUUGGUCAUCGCUGUAAUGUCACAAUCAUUAAGUAAUAGCAGUAUUCCACCAAAUGCCCAAGAUAUCGCACCUAAACAUGCUGGAUCUGUAUUUGGUAUUGUGAAUGCCAUGGGCGCCGUUCAGGGCUUUGUUGGUACCUACAUAGCAGGAUGUAUACUCCAUUCCACUGGGAGUUGGUCAGCUGUAUUCAAUAUGUCUGCUUGUGUUUGUCUAUUUAGUUGGGUUGUAUUCACUCUCUUUGCUGUGGGCACGCCAGUGAUAUGACACUCUCUCUAUGCUGUCUCUACUCUUAUCAUCAUCCUUACUAUAAUGGUGUGCCUGGCUAAAGGUACAUUUUGUGAUGCGACUGGCGGAAUGACUUAUUCACAAACGCACACUAUUGGGUUUUUAGCAUUAAAAUGCAUGUAGAUCCAGAAAUAAAGUGGUUAUUUGAUACCAAAACUACUUAAUAUGAGGUAAAAAUUAUUCACACUUCUUCAUUACCGUAGUUGAUAUCUUCAAAUCAGCAAUAUUUGUAAUUACUAUAAUAUGCUUUCGCUUCAGUCUCACAAUAGGAUCCAAAAGAGUCUUGUGUAUACAACAAAACAACA